CACGUGCGCUAGGUUCUCGUGCUUUAUAUGGUUGACAGACACUCCUUAGGAGAUCUAAACAGUUUUGCAGAAAUACUGAUAUGUAACUUGGUAUAGGUACUUUUACACUCUAUAAGUUUUUGCAGCAUUUCUAUGUAUGUAUAAUCUAUUAGUAAAUUUAAUUAAUAGUUUCAAUAGUGAUAAUCUCUUGCCAUGCCAUGUGUCUAUUUUUCCAGUUAGCAUCACUGUUCAAUUAUCCUAAAAUUUGACAUCACCUUUGAAUAACAAUUAUGUAUUCUUUUCACAGUUAUGUAUCUUUCUUUGUGUUUUUAUUCUGGAUAUCCUUGCCUUGUUCAUUGGUAAUUUAUGUUAAGUUAUUAGGUAUAUGUGCUGCUGGAACCUUCCGUUCUUCAGUAAUGAAAUUUGCUCAUGCCUGAUGGAUGUUAUCGUUACCAAGAUUGCCUAAGCGUUACGUAUUAUAUGGUUCACACAAUUUCUAUUAGAUGUUCCAGUUUUGUUCUUGUGAAUAUUCAAGAAUAUUGAAAGCUGAUCGGAUGUCUUCUCAAAAAUUGCCUGUUCGUUCAUUUUCUACCCAUGCUAAUAUUGGGCAGACAACAAGGCGUUACUUUAAUUUUUGACAUUCUAUUGACCUGAAUUCCAUUCUAUAUCAAUUUUAGACAUCACUCUUGGAUAAUGCUAGUAUGUAAACAAGAUACUCUUCAAUAUUAAUUUUUAACUUCAUAAUAAAUGCUAUCACGUUAGAUCUGGCCUAAAAAUCUUUGUGAAGUUCAUAGACACCAGAUUAUUGCACUUCUAUAGCUACUAUGACAAUCAUUAUGUAGGCCUACUUGAAAAUUUCUGUAUUAAAAUUCUAAAUGUUCUAGUUCUUGAUUCCUGUGACUAGCAUAAUGGGAUUGGUAUUAGCAAAUCAUACGAAACAUAAACAAAAAGUGACAUGCAAUACUCACACAGAAGAACCAGAGUUGGUGAAGAUAAUGUGCCUGAGAUCUUCCACAAUCUAAUUCACUAUUUGAGGAAUUGCUAGCUUACAUGCAUAGCUAUAUUUGUGUAAGAUUUUUCAAAUUUUGGAGGGAACAGGACUUGCACCCCUGCUGUUUGGUACAUGCACAAGUAGGUUUAUCCCCUAAUUGCUUUUAGCCAAAAGGAAUACGUUGAUGAGUUUUCCCCCCUCUUUUAAAGUGACAUAAGAUGUAUAUGUAAGUAGCACAUUCCUGUUUCCAUGGUAUAUAGUUUUAAAAGUAUAGCCCAACGGAAAUACAAAGCAUUUGGGUGGCUGGAACACUGAUAUCUUUGGCUUGAGCAGUCAAUCGCUGAUAAUAUUUUAGGUAGAAGCAGGAAGUUGAUCACAUCUAUAGGUUUGAUUUAGAUAAAUGUUUGUUUCUUUUUUCUACAUUUGGCAAGAUAAGUUGCAAAAUAAAGUACUGGAGUAAGAUGUCAAGAUGGAUAGCUGUUAAGAUGUUAAGAGAAGUGCACACUACCUGUAUCCAGUUAUAAAUAUUUUUUGUUCAGCUUUUGCUAUCAUUCCUUCUAUUAAUUGCUGAUAAGUAGUAAUAACCUCACUGGGGAUAUAGAACCUUCGGUACUAAAUUAUUCUACGAGCAUCGAUGUAGAUAUCUGUCGGACAUUCAUGAGCUUUUGUGAACUCAUGAACUCACAUGUAUGCACACCCCUCAUGCUUCUGUGUGCAAAUGUAUGUAUUGAUACUCGGGCUGUGAUAGGGUUCAGAUAUACAAUGACUUUUUUCAUUGACAUGAUCUAAUCAUAUUUCACUUGAUGGCUACUUUUUAACAGCAAAAGGUAAAUUCUCAUAGUUCCAAAUGAUCACCAUGAGUCAGAUCUUCUUGAGUUUGCAAGCAUUAGUUUAUCAUAAGUUUGUACUACUUCUGUUUUAUGUUAUUGUACUAAUGCCUUACUCUAUCUCAACAUAUUUCCUUCUUCAUCCCUGUUUCAUCCUGGCUAAUUGGUUGACUUGUCUAUGGUGGGAACUUGGUGGCUGCUGCAGUGAAGUUUUAAAUUGAGUAUGUUUCUUUCAAUCAUCACGGCCUCUGUAAGUUUUUAUGCAGAUCUACCCGGCCCUUCAUUUCCUGAAUUGAAUAUACUGUCUGUGUAUUUGAUUUUAUUUUGACAAUGGUCCUCAUGUUGCUGUGUCUCUUUUUCUUUUAUUGACUUGUGAUUUUUGCAGUAACUAUUUUUAUUUUAAGAAGAUAAUUUUCCCUUGGAGAGCCAUUCUUUGUUGUUGUUGUUGCAAUUAUCUCUUUUCUGCUGCCGCUGUUAGUAAAGUAACCAGGGAUCCUUUCCUGUCCUUGAAUUUUUUUCUGUGUACUUUUAUUCUCUCGAUCAUAAAGGUACAUGAUUGAAAUGUAAGCAGCUGCUUGUCUGAAACUAGUUGUUCAGUGUACUAUUAUUGAACAUCUACCAGCUUUUGACAUAUCUUCUUCUUCAAUUGACAGCAUUAUUAACCUUUUUCUCUAGUAUACUAUUCAUCAGUUAGGAAAUCCAGAAUUUGUGAUAUGGAGAAGAUAAGAGUAGCUGUUUGUUUCCACACACUGAAUAAUUACUUGGGUUGGAAGAGCAUUAGCAAAAGAUGGACUUGACAAGAAAUAAAAGUUUGUGAUGAUAUCCUUUUUAUGCAAUAAUCAACUAGGAGGAGGACCAAUAUGCAAAACACCAUAAAAGCCUUUGUUUUUAAUGAAGAGCUGCAGACGGCCUCAAAUCCUCAUUACGUUCCCACCACUUUGUCCUUCAUGUGCCGCACAUCUCCACAAUCAAAAUUAGAAGCCUCUUAAUUAUUAGUAUUAGUUUAUUACCAAAGAAAGAUCAUUUACAUUUCUCUCCCGCUCACUGACCGUUUCAAUCCCCUCUCCCUUCAUUUUAGCAACACCCUUUUCGUUUUCAUUCAAAACCUUUAAACGCCCUUCAUUCUCCUCCUUUCUCUCCUUUUCUUUCUCCUCUCCAUAAUUCCCGAUCUUUUCCUCUUCAAUCAUCUUUCUCCCUUUAAUCGUAACUGAUAAACAAAACAAAAGCCAUUUGAGAUCAAAAUAAAUAGAGAAAAUGGACAGAACCCAACCUCCCAUCCCUCAAAAAUCCAACAGCUUCUCCGCCUCCACCACCUCUUAUGAAGAGAAGAUCUGCCACCGUAACCUCUCCCUGGGUGCCGUCCAAUUUGAAGAAACCCUCAACAAAAAAGGUGAAGAAGAAGAUGAAAUCAAGAAGCCUGACAGGAUCGAAGAAGGAGAAGAGCAAGAUGAACAACACGAGGAGAAUGCUGAAGCCGAUAUUAUUGAAGAGACGGUGCAUUCUGACAAUCUCGCCAGCCUCAUGGACAAUGUUGGUCAGUUCCUCACCAUUCUCCUUAGUCUUGGGGAAGGAGCAAAAGUCGACGAUGAUGAUGAAAAUGCCUCUAAUGUCCCUGAGAUCCCUGAAACUACCAUUGAGAAGUUUGUCGCCUUGGUUGAGAAGGAGAUUAUAAAAUAUGAAUCAGGCGAGGAGAAGCUAUUACUAGAGAAAAAUGAAGACGAGCCUUCCAUCCUUGGUGCAGUUGAGGUGUUAUCCAAACUGACCAACGCUCUCUCUCCCUUCACAUCAAAUCCCAAAUACUACGAGGUAAUGAACAUGACUGGUGCUAUCUUACACCACACCAUGUCAUUCUUCGAAGAUGAAUUCUAUUCCUUGCUCGAUGAAUCCUCAAAAUCAAGCAAAGAUCAAGGAGGCAGCAUCAGCAAAACAAAGCGUCCACCUUCCUUCAGCCGAAUGUCCCAUGAUCACGAACGUCCCGUUGCAUCACCAUCAUCUGAGCCCAACCCUGCCGAUUUUUUCCCGGCGUCUGAAACCCUAGCGAGACUUCAAGCAAUUGCCCACUCCAUGAUCUCUGCUGGUUAUGAAGCUGAGUGCCGAUUGGUGUUUGCUGCUUGUCGACGAAAUGCUUUCAAAGCUAGCAUGUCCGAUUCUGGAUUCGAGAAGAUUGCCAUUGAUGAUGUGCAGAGAAUGGGAUGGGAGUCGUUGGAGGGAGAGAUUGCCAAAUGGAACAAGAGCUUCUGUCAGGCGAUCACUACUACUUUUUCUUUGGAACACGACCUUUGCUACUCGGUUUUUACUGGUCACGAGGAGAUUGCUUCUGAUAUCUUCUACAAUUUCACAAGCAGUGCAACUCACAAUCUUCUCAAUUUUCCAGAGGCGAUUGCUAUAACCAAGCGCUCUUCAGAGAAACUCUUCAAGGUGCUCGAUAUGUAUGAGACGUUGAAGGACAUGAUGCCCAUGGUUGAUCGCCUCUUUCCUCGUGAAGGUAAGCCAGAAGAAGAGCAGAAAUCAGAGAAGAAACCAGAAGAAGACGUGAAAUUGGAAGAAGAAAAAGAAGAAAAAUCAGAGGACAAAUUGGAAGAAGAGGAUAAACCAGAGGAGAAAUUAGUUGAGGAGGAAUCAUCCUCAGAUGCAGCAAGCAUCAAGGCGGCUAUAUCUGGAGUCAAGUGUAGAUUGGGGGAAGCAGCAGUGGCGAUCUUGUGCGAGCUUGAGAACUCAAUCAAGAGCCAUGCAGUAAAAAAUGCAGUGCCAGGUGGUGCAAUUCAUCCCCUCACUAGCUAUAUCAUGAACUAUCUCGAAUACGCAUGUGAAUACAUCAACACCCUCGAGCAAAUCUUCAAAGAUCACAGAAACUCCGAUGACAAUGACGAAGAAGGUAAGAUCGAAGGCAGCAGCAAGAACAACAGCAACAACAGUCACGGUAGUAGCGAUCAUACCCCAUUUGAAGCUCAAGUGACACAAAUGAUGGAGCUUCUGCAAUUGAACCUUGAAUCCAAGGCAAAGCUGUACAAGGAGGUAGCCUUGAACAACAUUUUUCUGAUGAACAACGGGAGGUACAUUGUGCAGAGGAUCAGGGGAUCACCGGAGGUCAACAGACUUCUCGGUAAUACUUGGUGCAGGAAAAGGUCAUCUGAUUUGAGACAGUACCAUAAGAACUACCAGAGAGAGACGUGGUCGAAAGUUUUGGAGUGCUUCAAAGAUGCUGGCUUGACUGUGAAGGGCUCAGUACAUAAGCCUGUGCUCAAAGAGAGAUUCAAGAGCUUCAAUGCUUUGUUUGAUGAGAUUCAUAAGGUCCAGAGUACUUGGGUUGUUCCUGAUGAGCAGUUGAAGUCAGAACUUAGGGUUUCAAUCACUGCGGUUAUUGUUCCAGCUUAUCGAUCAUUUCUUGCGAGGUAUGGUCAAUAUUUGGAUGCAGGAAGGCAGACAGAGAAGUAUGUUAAAUUUGCACCUGAGGAGGUUGAAACUCUAAUUGAUGAUCUCUUUGGGGGGAAUGCCAAUACGACUAUGAGAAGGAAGUGAGUUUUCGUAUCUUGUCUUUUUUUCUGUUUACUAUUUGUUUUGUUUGUUAUGUUCUUGAAAGAGAAGGGGAUGAACUGUGGAUCAGAUUGGCAAAAUGUAUGUAACAUUUGGAUUCUUUUUUUUUUUCUUUUUUGGUUUAUUAUGUGUAAAAGGUUUAGCAUAGUGAUAUGUUAAGUUGCAUUGAGUUUUCUUC